AUGGCCGUCGUCUUCCGCUCCGACCGCCACGUGGCCAAGCGCGGCUUUGCCGCUGCCUACCAGAAAGAUGCCUGCGGUGGGCAGCUGACGGGGCUGUCUGGGGAGAUCACCAGCCCCCGCUACCCCGAGAGCUACCCCAAUGACGCCGAGUGCCGCUGGAGCAUCGGGGGGGCCGGCGGCAGCGGCCCCCUCACCCUGGUGACUUUGGCCACCUUCGGUGUUGCCAUCCCCCAAAACUGGUGGGUGUCCAUUGGCCAAGCGCAAGGCGAGUGCCAGGAGGUGUUCACCGCCAUCAAAGGGAAUUUCUCUAGCCCUCGGUACCCCAACUUCUACCCCAACAACCUCAAGUGCCAGUGGAGCAUCCAGUUGCCCCCGGGCUACCGGAUCAAGGUCUUCUUCUUGGACAUGGAGCUGGAGGGUCGGAGCAGCCUGACGGGCAGCUGUGAAUACGACCACUUGGCUGCCUUUGACGGUGGCACUGAGAACGGGUCCCUGCUGGGACGGUGGUGCGGGUGGGAGAGCCCAGCGCCCGUCACCUCCCGCAGCAACCAGCUGCUGCUGGUCCUCCACACUGACCGCAACAUAGCCAAGAGGGGCUUCUCCAUUGCCUAUGUGGGAGUUGUGCCCAUGAACAUCAGCUGCACCCGGACGGACUUCCACAUCCAGAUCGCCGUGCAGGCCCUGGCCCAGUUGGAGAAGAAUAGGAUUUAUUUGGGGACGCCCUCCUGUGCGGCCAAAGUGGUUGGGGGGAACUUUAAAAUACACACCAGGUUUGACACCUGCGGCACCGAAUCCCAGAAACGCAACAACACGUCUGUCAUCGUCAGCACCCUCUACAUCGAUUUUUCGGCGGGCGACCAGGAGGACAUCCACCAGUACGAGGUGCAGUGUGAACCAAAGAGGAAGGAAGCCUCGGUGACCCUCGUCGCCGGCCCCGACCCUUCCAGGCUCAGCCAAGCAGAAAACCUGAUGGAUGCCCAGCAGCGGGAGGGGGGAGCGAUGGACAUGCGCGAAAUCAAGGGCCAGGACACCAGCGACAUCGUCUUCAUCAGCAUCUGCAUACUGGCCGGGCUCCUCAUGGUUGUCGCGGUGGUGGGGCUCGUGCUUCUGUAG